CAUUAAUACUGCAACUAGACUUUAUCAAGAUUUAUAUAAAUGAAUACUUUACUCGCCGCAAUCACAGUAAACUUUCAAACUUAAGUUGACCAUCAACAAGUCCAGAAUGUUCAAAUUGAUCGCACUCUUUGCAAUGUUGGCCCUUGCUGCCGCUGCCCCGGUCAUCGUUUCAGGUCCCCUUGCUUACGGUGCUACCGUUGCAACACCUAUUGCUUCCGUCUCAUCAGUUGUACCUGUUGUAGGAGGCUAUCACGCCCCAGUUGUAAGCAGUGCUCUGCCAUCCUUCUACUCAUCACAGACCAAAAGAAGCAAUCAAAAAUCAUCCAAAAUGUUCAAAUUGGUGGUGUUGUCCGCUCUUGUAGCUGUUGCCUUUGCCCGUCCAGGAUACGUUAGCCAUUUGGAUACUCCAUUAGUGUAUGACGCUCUCCCAGCUCACCAUCAGGAAUACGUUGAAAUCCAGGAACCCACUGUCGCUAAAGUAGGAGCUAUCGUCGAAAGUGUACCAUCUGCAGUAUCGCACCAAAGCUCAACAGUUGUCCACAGCAAGGCUCACGUAGUGACUCCAAUUUUGGCUCAUGGUGUUAAAACCCACCAUAUUCCUCUUGUAAAGUCCUACGAAACUGCUCACAUUACCCCUAUUGUUGACGCCUAUGAUACCGCUCAUAUCGCUCCUGUUCUAAGCUCAUAUGGAGGUGCUCAUUAUGCAGCUGAUGCCUAUGGUUACGAUGCUGAUGAUCACUACCAUCACCACUAUUAGAGUCGGGAAUAAGUACUGUGAUAUAAAUUGUGAAUAAAAGUUUUAGACGAGAA